AUGGCCUACGUUUCGUGCCGUCGACUUAUCACGAUUCGCCUCACCGAUCCUAGAGCUACAGAAGAGCAAGGUGAUCCAUACGGGAACUACGAGGAGGUGGUUGGCUCUACCGACUUUGUCGAUUUUAAUCUCUGGCAUGACAAGCCAAAUCCAUGCGAUCAGGGAAUCUGGAAGGUCUCUAUUGACCAAAAACCCCGCCGUAACCCUCUAAUGCAGGUAUCUCGCGAGUGCAGACAACUUGCAAAGCAUCAACUCCGACUUCCCCUACGUCCGAACCCCGUAUCAGAUAUGCCCCAACCUACACUGUGGCUGGACCCGGAGAACGACCACAUAUUCAUAGCACAAUUCGAUGUGCCGGCCCUGACCCUUAUCUCCUUCAUUAAUCAUAUGAGACUCUCUGAUCCCUGUGGGGCAGGGAUAUUGCACAUCGCAUUUGAUAGUCGAUGCAGGGACAGCCUACGCGGGCUUGAGGCGUUGUCCCGAGAAGCUACUCUUGCCCAAAACACGUUGAAGACCUUCCGAAAAGCAAUUUUUGGGCUCAAGUCUGUCUGGUUCAUUCACCUGCUCGGCAGUGACUCGAGGAUAAUGACAGGGGCACUGUCUGGGACGAGGAACAGAGCAAUGGGCCUCAACCGAAGUAUUCCCAUCUUCCCACACGCGGUUGAAUUUGAUUUACUCACUUCUGACCCGCGACCAAUCCAAGCCAGUCUUGGGGGCCAGACAGUGUGGAAUGAUCCGAAGAAGCCAGUUGAGGCAUGGCUGAGGAUGGAAAGGGUGCUGGGGCUUGACCGGCACAAGGUGGGAGGAAGCGCGUCCGUAUCAUUUACGGGACCCAUCAGUACUAUUUCACACAUUCUCGCCAUGUCUGGAAGAAAAGGAGUCAUCAGCGACGCAUAUUGCGAUGUAAAGUGUUCUCAAACUAUGGACUUGGCUCUCAGAAUCGAACAGGAAAGAAUCGACGAAAUGGCUGACGGGUGCGAGUAUUUGAAGGAAAUAAGAGAAAUGGAGCCCGUGGAGAGCAAGAAGAGCCUCUUAUCGGCAGCAGGUUUUUGGAUCUUCCCUGAGGGUACGUUUGACACUCUGUUUGAGACUCCACGCUACGCGGGCAAGGCAUAUCAAGACUUAACAGGUCACCAGCCGGCUCUGGGAUUGUUCAAGUUACCUCCAUAA